AUGAUCAUGUCCGUCCAUGAUACGCUUAGUAGGAAGCGAGAUAUGCCUCAGGAUUUACUUCCGGACCAGAAAAGAUCACGGGUGGACUCCUCCGAUGCAUUCUCCGAUAAAAUGUACUCGGUGUAUGUGAAGUCGGCCAUGGAAUCCAUGGAAAAGAACGACCCUUUAAAAAUCAAUGCAUUGGCGGCAAAAAUCAACUUGCCCCUCUCCCAUUCCGAGUCCAUCUCUUUGACAAACUUUAAUAUCCUUUUGAGGAGCCUAAUAGUAAACGUCUCAAAGCUAGACAACAACUUGUCCGCAGCUCUUGUGGGUGCAGUGUUGCGCUACUCCUGGUUGGAAAUACCAGCUGAAGCAAAGAAUACUCCAGCAUUUGCCACGUUUUUAGACCUCUACUCGCAGUUUCUAGGGGUGCUUGUGUCAUCUCUCCCCAAGUAUCUCCACGAGGUGAUCAAAAAGAUCGUCAAGGAAUUCCCAGAUAUUUCUGGCGAUACUUAUCCCCACCACCGUGUGCUUCAGCGCUUGGUCACUUACAUCCCCACUUGCAUUAACUCCAUCCCUCCCAUGUUGGCCAAGAAUUUUCCUCACCACCUUUCCUCGAAUACUGAGGAAAUCACAAAUUACGUACGCAACUGUGUCCGUGUCAUCUCAUACUGCCCUGACUUGCAGUUCAGCAUUUGGCAGAUGGUGGUAGAAUGCUGCAUCAAGCUCGAUGUGGAACUCCAGAACGAGUUGGAUGAUUUGGAUGAUGAUAGCAUUGAGGAACUCAUAAACGGCGAUGACGACGAGAUAGACGAUGCGGAGAUGGUUGAGGAUCCAAAUGACAUAGAGGUUUACACUGUGACCUCCACCGUCAACAUUAAGAAGUUAGUAUCCAAGCUCGACUCUACUUUGGAACUUCUCCUCCAAAGCACGGCAUCCUCCUUCACCACCGAGCAAAUCGAAGCUGGCACUGGUGUCAAUCUCUUCAAUACCCUCAUGUCUUUGUUUAAGACCCACAUCUUGCCCACUCAUUUCACCAAAUCCAUCCAGUUCUUGAUGUUCCACAUUUCGCAAUACCAACCGGAGUUAGCUGACGCUUACUUGGUUUUGCUCAUCGAUGUGGCUUUCAGUCCAAAUGAGAUCACUGAAAAGCGUCUCAAGGCCUUGCAGUAUCUUUCGUCAUACAUUGCAAGAGCAAAGGGUUUAACAAAACACCAAAUUGUGUUCAUAGUCAGCUAUCUUACAGGCUGGAUUAAUAAGUACAUUGCUGAGAGGGAACACGAAGUGUUUGAAUUCUCCGAGGUCUCUUCGAUGGGUGGAAUGGAACGGUUUAAGUUGUUCUAUGCGACCAUCCAGGCAUUAAUUUACAUUUUCUGUUUCAGACACCAGCAGUUGUCCAAGUCUCCUGAAGAUAUUGGAAACAGCGACAGUGAGUGGGAAUGUGAUCUAGACAAAUUCUUCCAGAGAGUCAUCAUUGCUAAGUUCAAUCCAUUGAAGUACUGUGAUGAGACGGUGGUGUACAUUUUCGCCAAGAUCGCUACCAAGCUCAAUGUGUGCUACUGCUACUCCAUUAUUGAACACAACAAAAGAGAAACAAUGAUGCAGGGCAAUUCCAGCCUUCCUUCGGCUGUGGGAAAUUUCAGACACAAACAGGAGUUUUUGGAUCUUGAAGCUUAUUUUCCAUUUGACCCAUUGGUGUUGCCUAACUGUAAGAAGAUUAUUACUGUUAACUACGUGGAAUGGAAGGAUGUGAACCCAAGCAAUGACGAUGACGAUGAUGAAGACAGUGGAAGCCAUCCCGAAGAUGAUGAAGAUGAAGAUGAUGAGGAAGAAGACGAUGAGGAAGACAUUGAGGACGAUGAGGACAAGGAAGACGAAGCCAAGAGUGCUGAUGAAGACAGUGAUGAAGAGAACACCAGUGACGAAGAGGAGUAA